AUGGACCAGAACUCCCAGGGAAGAGGCAGCUGCGUUGGCGUGCGGGCCUCGGCCAGCCGGCCCAGCUUCACGGCGCGGGCCCUCUCAAACUCUGGCAGCCGUUUGGGCUGCAGGACGCGUAGAAACAGCCAGCGCCAGCGUCCCAGCCGCACCCACGAGGCCAUCAAGCAGGCUCGCGACGCGCCACAGCACCUGCUCGAGCGCCGUGGGGAAGGCAAAGUUCCAGCCGGCGACGUGCACCCCGGCAAACAACAGCGUCGCCGCGCACGCGCAGUACUCCUGGGAGCCAAUCAAGUAAUUUACCUCAACAGCGUCACUCUCACAUGGUUCCGCGACGUCAAUAUUCCCGAGCAAUGGGGCUUCCUGCGAAACCAAGUCACGCCCUUCGUCCUGCCAACCCCUGACGGCGAGCAGCUCCACGCCUGGCACGUCCUGCCGCUGGGCCUGUAUCAGCAACACGAGGGCCGGCUUACGAGGGAACCAGCCGGCCUGGCCCAUGAUAUCAGCCAGCGGACGUGCUUCAAGCUCCUGAAAGACGACCCAGACUCGCUUCUAGUGCUGUAUUUUCACGGCGCCGCCGGGACGCUGGGCUCGGGCUGGCGGCCGCCGUCGUACCGCGCCAUGUCGGCUGCGUCGCCCGGCAGGAUCCACACUAUCGCUAUCGACUAUCGCGGCUUCGGGUCGAGCAGCGGCCGUCCCUCGGAAGCCGGGCUCCUAACCGACGCCCUCGCGCUAGCCAACUUCGCUCUACGAGAAGCCGGCAUCCCCCCGUCGCGCAUCGUCCUCUUCGCACAGUCGCUCGGGACCGCCGUCGCCAUCUCGCUCGCGCACCACUUCGCCACACAGCCCGACACGAUCCUCUUCGCCGGCCUGGUCCUCGUCGCGCCGUUCGGUAACGUCGAGCUGCUAACGGCCAGCUACCGCGUGGCCGGGACGAUACCGCUCCUGAGCCCGCUCGCGCGGUUCCCGCGGCUGAUGGCCUUCUUCAACACCUUCGUCCGUGACAAGUGGCCGAGCACGGACCGGCUCGCAGCUCUCGUGCGCCACGUCGAACACCUCCCACCCGGCGGCCGCGACGCCGCGCGUUACCACGUCACCGUCAUCCACGCCGAGGACGACUACGACAUCCCGUGGUCGCACUCGGAGAACCUGUUCUGGCACGCCGUCAACGCGACGUCGCCCGUCGGCACCACGCGUGCUGAGCUCGACCGCCACCGCGCCGACGCUGGCCAGCUGCUAGGCCACGCCGGCCGCGUCGUCGACUGGCGCGCGCCUCGCGGCCACAUGCGAGAGAUCAUUCUCAGAUAUGGUCUGCACGACCGCAUCAUGGCGUACCCCGUCGUCAGCCUAGCCGUCCUACGGGCCUUUCAGUCCAAGGCGUAA